CCUGUUUUUGUAGCGCACCUUCACCAGAGAGCAAGUAAUACCACUUGUUGUACUGAUAACACGAUCAUCAAGACCACGUGUUACUUCCUAUGCAAAUUUAAAGUGUCGAUGUUCGACGAGUGAUUGAUGCGUUCUUUUCAUCGCGUUGGAGUCGUUUUCAUCGUGUUGCUGUCGGUGGAUUUUCGCCGAGGGAUUUAUGGAGAUACUUGUUGGGAAUGAGCAGACCUUUUUGCAUAUUGAUUCUUUAUCGGUUUCAAUCUUCGUUGACGUCUCGAUGUGAAUAUACCGUGCUGCGCUCAUGAUGUCCGCUCCCCACCAUGAUCCAUCUUUCCCCGUAUCCUCGAAGGCGCACACCUUAUCAUAAUACCAGUGACCAUUUUUUACUUGUGACAUACUUACAUUAAGAUAUCACCAGCAGCAGGAUUAGACCCUCAAAUUUUCAACUGUAUGAUGAUGAGCAUUUAUUUUUAUUUUCAGUGGGUAGUGGUUGUUAUUUUUGUAUUCUUGGUGGAGGAAGUGUAGUAGGAUGAAGCAGAUUUGAUGAACGGCCAGACAUAGAAGUUACAAAGCAUUAAAGAAGAAUGGCGUCGAACCGCCGUCGUGUGCGGCGGCCAGCUUCUCUGACGUCUUUGAAAUCACCGACUUGACGUUGCAGUUCUGACAUUUCAACAAGGGGCCCUCGAUUACAGCUCCGAUUGCCUUUUUUGGAACGCGUUUGAGAUUGCAAACUGCGACUCAGCAGGAGAGCAAGAGGAGCUGCCAGUUUGACGUGCCCAGGUGACAGACACUCUAGAAACCACAACGACUCUCAGACAGCUGGACUGAAGAACUGAACAAACUCAUCUUCUUCUGCCUCGAAAUACGGGGUCGGACAUCUACUGACGAAGGAAGAAGAUGAUGUCAAGCAUGAUGGAGGAGCCUAGCCGUAUGACGCAACAGUCUAGCGUCAUGCAGUUAGGAAGUUCGACUGAUGUGUCAACAUCAAAGGACGCAUUCAAACAUAAAACGGCGAACCAAGACAUAAUACGACUACUCAACGCCUUCGCGAUGUCAAGGAGGCUUAUGCUCUCACAAACUCGAAGACAAUAUCGACAACCAAGGAUGCUAAAUGACGAUAUAGAAAAAAUAGAACAAAGCAUGUGCAAGCUGCUUCAGUACUUUCUGUUUCUGAUCAUGACUUACUUAGAAAUAUAAAUAUUCGCCAUGAUAUUCGCCGCUUUGCUGAUUUUUUUUAGGCUUAUUUCCAUCGCUCCUCAAGAGCAUAUUUUAUGUAAAUCAUGUCGGUGUUCAUGUUCUUGUUCACACGUGCACACUUUUCAAAUGACUACAAGACGACAACCAACAAGAUUUUGGCCUACAACAGCAUUUACUUUUCCAUUUUCUGUAUGAAAUCAUUCGACAUGAAACCACAACAACAGGAAAAUGGAUUUUCAAUUCAUACGGCGGUUUUCGGAUGCGCAACUCGCGAAGAUGGUUUCUGGAUUAAAGAUACUAACGAAGAAACCGGAUGAAUUCGUCUAUCAUAAAGGUGACAUAUCAUCGAGCAUCUACUUCGUAUUUUUAGGCGAGGUCGAUCUUCUAGGACCAGACGCGGGUGAUCCUGUGAAAAGACUAGGGGCAUGCUUGAAUUUCGGCGAAGCGGAGAGGUAUGGAGCCCCGAGAAAAUCAUCUGCCGUCGCACACAGCUACACCAUAUUAGGUAUAGUAGCUAUCUACUCAGUUGUCUCGCAGUGCUGUAAGUGUUUGACUACUAAUAAAUGAUAAAUUUAAAUAUGAAGUGUCGUGCUGGAGCGUCAGCGUUUCCACGAAAUCAAAACAACACCAGCACUUUAGUAUGCCUCAUUCAAUAGCUCCUUCGCUAUCCCUUCCCGGGAGGCAUGGCAACAAACUUUCUAUUCCUCUACGUACAAUGACAGGAGCUCUCGACCGGCAGUCGUAUUUGAAUACUCGUAGUGAGCAGCGGGUGAUGGAAGAUAGCCGAGUUUUUAGCACUCUGAAACGAGUACCACCAUUUUCCGCAUUAACGGAUAAAGACAUCAAAGAAAUAUGUACGAAGCUGAUUCCCUUUCGCGCACCAGCUAGGUUACCAGUUUGUGGCAACAGUCACGAUCUGUCAAGAAAUUUGAUAAUAGUAAUGCAGGGCACGUUCGAGAUACGUGCCACAAUUCUAGUUAGCCGCAACGCUCACGGCUUGCACUACUCAGGACAGUCGUUGGCAUUUAGCGACGUUCCCGUCAUGGCGCUUGAGAAAGGUAGAUGAUUAUUUCUCGGAUGGAUUAUGUUCAUCAGCAGUGAUGUUUUUAUGACCUUCUUGUCUCUAACUUAAAGUUUAAGCGCUACCCGAUGUACCUAGAGCAAAGAAAGGCAGCGCGUGCUCCCAAAACUAUAACUAGGUUCAAUGUGGAACGCAGAUUUGGUAACGGACUUCGAGGACAAUAGGGAUUGGUGCAACGGGGUCGAGUUCACGCACUAUAACAUGUAUCCACGAGACGACGGAAAGUGCCUGAUAAUACCAAUCCGCGAGCUGCAAAAGGUGAGUGAAGUUGAUGAAGUUUCUUCUUCCAGGGUUCUUUAGGUAAAGAUAGAAAUAGGAACGCAUGUAUGCAUAAUUCUCCUUCUAGGUGGUCAAGUCGAUGUAUGUUGAUGAUAGAUGUUGUAUAAACAUGAAGAUGAUGAGUACGCUGACGGCUGUUUUAUCAGAACUCAUUCUCAUUGACCAUACACUUAGUAAACAAGAAAGCAAAACCAGUUUGUUCUACCCUGUCUCAGGUCGCAUACAAAAAUCGUCUUUUGCGACGGUGGUUCGAGAGCUAUUCGACGCUAUUCCGAAAUCAAAAGAGGUAUUUUCGAAUUCGAUGUCUAUUUUGGGUUGUAGCUAGACUUCUCCUUCAUCUACUGUUCGAUGCUUCUGCCACUAGGAAGUACAACCACCUCUAGCUCUUCCACCUUGACGCUCUUCCACCUCGACAAACUUUUUUAACGUUCUAGAAGUACAACAAGUACAACUGCAAGAAUUGAUAAGAACCAUGACGAUGACAACAGGGACAGCGUGUACCAGAUCAUCGCGUAUCUGUGUAAACCGGAUUUCCAGUCCAAGACGAGUGGCUACAUGAAGGAAAUAAUACGAAGCAUGGACGAGGGAGAGAAGAGGUGGAAAGAGGCGUUGCGAAAAUACGAAGUCGAAAUAUUGGAGGACGCCGUAGACUUCGAUACGGUUCGACAGCUUGAAGAGUCUCUAGCGGCAAAGCAAGCAGAAGAAAAAGGGGGGCAGCGCGGUUUUUCGAGUGGAGGGAGCAACAAGAAAGACAAUAAACGCGGAGGCUUCGUCAUGAGGAGAAGAUGAUGACGAGUAGUGUAACCACGAAUAGCUAGAGAGCUAAGUAGUCCUCAAGCAAUAGCAUUAGCAAGGCAGCCACAGCUUGAACUUUUAGGAUAAACUCAUCAAAAGAUAGCAAUAGCAAUAGCAUCACCCUCACAACUUUUAAAAACAUGCUUAUACAUUAAAAUGCUUCGUCACAUCACUUUCAAAUACCAUUCACCGAAUUAUGUCAAUGUGCAUUACGUCGAUCCAUUAAGAAACUCAAACACAUUAAAACACUCUUAGUCCUCUUCUUAGCAAAACCAAAAGACAUUUAAUAGGCAGAUUAGACUCAGCUCAUGAUGAACAUGAAGGACCAAAAGCAGCGACGUGCAACGUAGAUGCGGUCGACCGUUCUCGUAGCGUCUCGAAAAGCCCUCCCUCGAGUCCGGAGGUGAGACGGUCGCAACGCUGAGCUGAUUUCCUUUUCUUCGAUUAGAGAUUCAAUUUAAGACUCUAUUCCUGAUAUAUAUUCAAUUUUAGACUUCCUUGUCAUGAUGUUCUUCACCUCGUGAUCGUUUCAGGUGGUACAACAGCUAGGUUCUUAUGAAAAUGAAAUUAAACAUUAACAUGUCUAUCGAUGCGUUAUUCUUGACAUCAAAUUAUCCCUGUACAUAUUCCUUUCUGGUGAUGUGUAAGUUUAUGUCAUCUUGAACAAAUACAAGCUAUCGAUCCUUCAAACGUCCUUUUCUUUUUUGAUUAUCUUUGACAUUGAUAGCAUGAGCAGCCAUGCAUGCCAUUGUUAGUCUCAAGAUUUAGCAGCUAUAGAAUUUGAAUUUCCAAAAACUAAUGCAGCUGGUUGUAAAUAAUACAAAUACAUCAAUUAAAAAGACCAUAGUGUUUGUCUUUCUGGUGGUAACUCAAAUCCUGAUCAUGGUCCUUCUCAGUAACAUAUUAACGUAUGUGCUCCUGUCAUGCUCAUGGGUCCUCCAAGAAUCGGAUAACUGCUUGACAUCGAUCGCUCCCGCGAUCUCAUCCAUUUUGAUCAUUUCCCCCAUUCAAGGACGAUAGAGAUAUGUACCAAGAGACCUUUCAGAAUUCAGAGCAUCAAGAAAAAGAACAAGUGCUGUCAGGUCCCCAAAAAUCGA